AUGCUCGCGUCUACGUGCGCGCUCGCGCUCGGCGCGCUCGUCGGAACGGCGCCGAAGGGCGCGCUCGCGGCGCCCGCCGCGGGACCGACGGCGGAAUCGCUUCGCGCGCGCGAUAUCUACUUUGGGAACGGGUGCUUUUGGGGACGACAACACACGUUUUACGAAGCCGAGCUCUCGCUGGGGCGAACGGACGACACGAUCACCUCCGUCGUGGGAUACGGCGGUGGUGCGAGCGUCAGAGAGGGUGAUAAACCGGUGUGCUACUAUUACGGCGCGGCGGACACGGUGUACGAACGAUUGGGUCACGCCGAAGUCGUCGCCGUGGACGCGGCGAACGCGAGCGAGUUAAAGCCGCUCGCGGACGCGUAUUUCGCGAGCUUCCAAAAGAUUCCCGGACUCGGAAUGCAGCGCGUGGACCCUCAAGACGCAGGUCCAGGGUAUAGAAACUGCAUCGCGCUUCCGGGUGGGAUCGAUUCGCCGUUGUUCAAGGUGAUCGAGGAGGCAAACGUGCACGGCAUGAAGCUCGUUCCGGGUUCGGGCAACGUCAUGGCGCCCAAGGCCAAGCCCACGGAAACGGACGUCAUCAACAGCGUGUGGAUUUACGACAGCGCCAAGCUACCGUUUUACCCCGCCGAAGUUUACCACCAAUUCCACGACGGUCUCGGCUACAAAUUCCCCGUCGCGUACACGCGCGGCGUCAAGGCCAACGCGUUGGAGCGCGGUUUAAUCGCCCCCACGGGAUGUCCCGAGAUGCGCGAGCGCUCGGCGCGCCGCGACAAUUCUCAAAUGGAUCGCGAGCUCACCCCCGCCGAGCUCAAGGCAUCGAUCGCCGCCAUGCCCGCGCGCGAAGAACCCGAUUUCCUUCGUCCUCGCUACAUCAACGCCUCGCACGAGCCACCGACGCCGACGAUGUCGCUCGAAGGAUUCAAGACGGCGCUCUUGAAACGCCGACUUCGAGAGAUCGACGCGGCCGAUCGCGCGCGCGUCGUCAGUAAAACGACGAUCGCGAAAGAGAUAAAAGCCAUUAAGCACGAACUGCGAGGGACGAAAGCGCGGGCGGCGGCGUCGAGAUUAGCGUCGAGACAUCGAGAGAUCGCGGAGGAGACGCGCGAGGCGCGCGCCGAGGCGGAACGAGCCAAACGCCGCGCGCUGCAGUUGAAGGAGGAGCUCGAGGAAGAGGCGAAGGACAUCGAAAAAGCGAUCAAGAUGGAGCGGGAGGAGCGCGCGGUGGCGCUGAAGGAGAACGAGAAAAAGCGAAAGGAGCGACGCGCGGUCGUCGAGGCGGAGCUCGAGCGACACGCCGCCAAGCGGCACAAGCUCGUCGCCUCGCUCAAGGAAAUCAUUGCGCAGCAGAGCGUGGCGAAGAAAACGUUAGAGGGCGCGUUGGCGAGCGCGCGAUGA